CAUGGGAAGCAGCUGCUUGCUCCUGCUCUCAGGUCUCGGUGUCUUGCUGGCUGUGUCAGGACCAGAAGCCAAGAAUUCUGGAGCUUUCUGUCCUCAGUGCCCCGAGCAUGCCUUAUGCCACAACAGCACCCACUGUACUUGUGAAGAUGGAUUCCGGUCCAGGUCUGGGAGGAAAUACUUUUUCAGCUCCCAUGAGACAUGUGAAGACAUUGAUGAAUGUAGAACUGGACUGGCAAGAUGCAAGAAAAGGGCAUAUUGUAAAAACAAAAUCGGAAGUUAUGUCUGCAGUUGUGUCGUGGAAUAUCCUAUCUUCAACUGGGUGGCUAGUUUGGUGGAUAUUGACCAUCCAGACUGUUAUGAGAACAGCAGUGGAAAUAAACAGUCACCAGCGAAUAUCUGGGAAAGUCUGGGGGCGAACGGAAGCAGAAAGGACCUUGCAAGAGAGGUUACCCAACUACUCCAGAAAACGGAAUUAAGUAUCUGGAAUUUGAGUUUUGUUUCUCCUGGAUAUGGUGAAGAUUAUAAGCUUGGUAUAGAUAGAAGGGCAGUUGCCCUCAUCACUUACCUAUCUGUUGGAGGUAUUCUCAAUGGAUCCUUUUUUAAGAACAGAAGAGGAUUGCAGGAAGUAAAACUAAACUCUCACAUUGUGAGUGGCACCAUUGGCUUGAAGGAAAAAGUUGACCUGUCUGGACCUGUAGUCCUGAAUUUUCAACAUACUCAGCCUGGAGGUGCGAGGACAAAACAUUUGUGUGUCUACUGGGAAGAAUCGCAGGAAGAAGGGGGCAGCUGGUCCACGGAGGGCUGCUCUCACGUGUACAGCAACGAUUCUCACACCAAAUGCAAGUGCUACCACCUGUCCAGCUUUGCUGUCCUUGUGGCUCUUACCCCCAAGGAGGAUCCUGCCCUGACUGUGAUCACCCACGUGGGGCUCAUCAUCUCCCUGCUGUGCCUCUUCCUGGCCAUCCUCACCUUCCUCCUGUGCCGGCCCAUCCAGAACACCAGCACCACCCUCCACCUGCAGCUCUCCCUCUGCCUCUUCCUGGCCCACCUCCUUUUCCUCACAGGCAUCAACAGAACUGAGCCUGAGGUGCUCUGCUCCGUCGUUGCAGGGCUGCUGCACUACCUCUACCUGGCCGCCUUCACCUGGAUGUUCCUCGAAGGGCUGUACCUCUUCCUCACCGUCAGGAACCUCAAGGUGGCCAACUACACCAGCUCAGGCCAAUUCAAGAAGAGGUUCAUGUACCCUAUAGGCUAUGGGAUCCCGGCUGUAAUUGUCGCUGUGUCUGCAAUAGUUGGACACAAAAAUUAUGGAACAUAUACUCACUGCUGGCUCAAGCUUGAGAAAGGGUUCAUUUGGAGCUUCAUGGGGCCCGUGGGAGUCAUUAUCUUGAUAAACCUGGUGUUCUACUUCCAAAUUCUAUGGAUUUUGAGAAGCAAACUUUCCUCCCUCAAUAAAGAAGUUUCCACCAUUCAGGACACCAGAGUCAUGACGUUUAAAGCCAUUGCUCAGCUAUUUGUGCUGGGAUGUUCUUGGGGCCUUGGUUUUUUCAUGGUUAAAGAAGUAGGGGAGACGGUUGGCUCGGUCAUUGCCUACUUAUUCACCAUCAUCAACGUCCUGCAGGGGGUGUUGCUCUUUGUGGUCCACUGUCUCCUGAAUCGCCAGGUGCGAAUGGAAUACAAGAAGUGGUUUAGUGGCUUGCGGAAAGGGGUAGAAACUGAAAGCAUUGAGAUGUCUCGCUCUACCACCCACACCAAAGAGGUAUGA